CCCGCCCCCUCGGCGUCUGGCUCCCGCCCCCGGCUUUGCCUCCCGCUGCUGUAGCUGCUGCCGCUGCCGCCGCCUCAGCCGCUUCCCGCGGCCUGGGCCUCCCGCCGCCAGCAUGCCGCACGCCUUCAAGCCCGGGGACUUAGUAUUCGCCAAGAUGAAGGGCUAUCCGCACUGGCCCGCCCGGAUUGACGAUAUUGCCGAUGGUGCCGUGAAGCCCCCACCCAACAAAUAUCCCAUCUUCUUCUUUGGUACACACGAAACAGCCUUCUUGGGACCCAAGGACCUGUUCCCAUAUGACAAAUGCAAAGAUAAGUAUGGGAAACCCAACAAGAGGAAAGGCUUCAAUGAAGGUCUCUGGGAGAUCCAGAACAACCCUCACGCCAGCUACAGUGCCCCUCCGCCACUGAGCUCUUCUGAGAGCGAGGCCCCCGAGGCUGAGCCUGCGGGUGGCAGCGACGCUGAGGAGGACGAGGAGGACCGAGGGGUCAUGGCCGUCACAGCUGUAACUGCCGCAGCCGCCAGCGACAGGAUGGAGAGUGACUCAGACUCUGAUAAAAGCAGCGACAACAGCGGUCUGAAACGGAAGACGUCGGCACUGAAGGUACAGAUGUCAGUCUCCAAGCGAGCUCGGAAAGCUUCCAGCGACCUGGAGCAAGCCAGCGUGUCGCCCUCUGAAGAGGAGAACUCGGAGAGUUCGUCCGAGUCUGAGAAGACCAGUGACCAAGACUUCACCCCUGAAAAGAAAGCUGUGGUCCGGGCGCCACGGCGGGCCCCCCUGGGUGGACGGAAGAAGAAGAAGGUGCCGUCAGCUUCCGACUCAGACUCCAAAGCGGAUUCAGAUGGGCCCAAGGAGGAGCCGGUGCCUGUGGCCAGGUCGGCGUCUUCCUCCUCCUCUUCCUCCUCCUCUGACUCCGAUGUGUCUAUCAAGAAACCUCCUCGGGGCAGAAAGCCAGCUGAGAAGCCUCCCCCAAAGCCCCGAGGACGGAAACCAAAGCUUGAGCGGCCACCUUCCACCUCCAGCAGCGACAGUGACAGUGAUGAGGUGGACCGCAUCAGUGAGUGGAAGCGGCGGGAUGAGGAGCGGCGGCGGGAGCUGGAGGCCCGGAGGCGGCGGGAGCAGGAAGAGGAGCUGCGGCGGCUGCGGGAGCAGGAGAAGGAGGAGAAGGAGCGGCGGCGGGAGCGGGCUGAGCUCGGGGAGGCUGAGAGGGCCAGCGGCGGCAGCAGUGGGGACGAGCUCAGGGAGGACGAUGAGCCCGUCAGGAAGCGGGGCCGCAAGGGCCGGGGCCGAGGGCCACCCUCCUCCUCUGACUCAGAGCCCGAAGGGGACCUGGAAAGAGAGGGAAAGAAAUCCGCCAAGAAGUUGCAAGCACAGAGCACGGAGCCCACUAGGAAGCUCAACCAGAAGGAGAAGAGAGGGCGGCCUGAGGAGAAGCCCCGGGCCAGGCCGGUGAAGGUAGAACGGACCCGGAAGCGGUCAGAAGGGCCCCCGCUGGACAGGAAGGUGGAGAAGAAGAAAGAACCUUCUGUGGAAGAGAAGUUGCAGAAGCUGCACAGUGAGAUCAAGUUUGCUCUGAAGGUCGACAACCCGGAUGUGAAGAGAUGUCUGACUGCCCUGGAGGAGCUGGGGACCCUGCAGGUGACUUCUCAGAUCCUACAGAAGAACACAGAUGUGGUGGCCACGUUGAAGAAGAUUCGCCGCUACAAAGCCAAUAAGGACGUGAUGGAGAAGGCGGCAGAAGUCUAUACCCGGCUCAAGUCACGCGUCUUGGGGCCCAAGAUUGAGGCAAUCCAGAAAGCAAACAAAGCUGGAACAGAGAAGGAGAAGACCGAGGUGGAGAAGUCUGAGGAGAAGCUGGCAAGAGAAGAGGCUACCAAGGAGAAGGCGGAGGACGAGCCCAGCCCAGGUGUGGAUCUCUCUGCCCCUGUGAAUGGUGAGGCCACAUCCCAGAAGGAGGAGAGCGCGGAGGACAAGGAGCAGGAGGAGGGGCAGGACUCGGAGGAGGGCCUGCGGCGAAGCUCCUCGGAAGACCUGCAUGCCGACAGCCUGCAGGAGGGCCCUGACCUGGACAGGCCUGGAAGCGAGAGGCAGCAGCACGAGAGGGCGCGGCUGGACUCGGAGUCCCUGGAUGAGGACAGCUGAGCUGGCCGGCUGGGCGAGGCGUGCUGUCAUCCGCAGGCCCUGGCUCUUCCCAGCCCCCGCAGGGCAGGGAACUUUUGGGGAAACGCUGUGCUGUUUGUAUUUGUCCCUUGGGUUUUUUUCUGCCUAAUUUCUGUGAUUUCUGACAGACAUGAAAUGACUAUAA